UCAACAUUCAACGUCAGUCUCGUGCGAUCUUGCUUCGUGUUCGAGUCAUUUGUAGGUUAUAAUAUUUUUUAAAGCAUAUACUUAGACUUUUUUUAUAUUAGUUUAUUUUUACAAAAUGAAAGUAGCUGCUGCAAUAAGUUUAGUAUUUUUAGGAUGUUGUACAAAUGUAAUCUUCCUCGAAUUAUUAGUAAAAGAAGAUCCUGGUAGUGGAAACCUAAUAACAUUUUCACAAUUCCUUCUAAUAUCAUUAGAAGGUUUUAUAUUCACAUCAAAGUUUGGAACUGUAAGACCUCGAAUAGGCAUCAAGGAUUAUAUGAUACUGGUUUUUAUGUUUUUUAUAACAAGUGUUUGCAAUAACUAUGCAUUUGACUUUAAUAUACCGAUGCCUCUCCACAUGAUAUUCAGAGCGGGUUCCUUAAUAGCUAACAUGAUAAUGGGUAUAAUUAUUCUAAAGAAGAAAUACGUAUUCAGCAAAUACCUCUCAGUAUUUAUGAUAACUAUGGGGAUAAUAAUAUGUACAAUAGUAAGCGGCAAUGAAGUUAAAUCAACCCAAAAAAUGGUUAAGGAUGCCAUCCCGCCCACACAAAUGGAAAUUUUAUUUUGGUGGAGUGUUGGAAUCGCAUUAUUGACUGUCGCACUGUUUAUUUCUGCUAGAAUGGGUUUGUACCAAGAAGAAUUAUACGCUAAAUACGGUAAACACCCAUACGAAGCUCUGUAUUAUACUCAUUUACUACCUCUUCCAUUUUUCUUGACGCUAAGUUCAAAUAUAUGGGACCACGCACAACUGGCAUUAAAAUCAGACCCAUUAUUGAUCCCAAUUCUUGGAUUAUCUGCACCAAAGAGUAUUGUAUACCUCAUUGGGAAUGUUUUAACACAAUACAUGUGCAUCAGCUCGGUGUUUGUGCUGACAACAGAAUGCUCAUCAUUGACAGUAACGUUAGUCGUAACACUACGUAAAUUUUUCUCAUUAUUAUUUUCAAUAUUAUACUUCCAAAAUUCAUUUAGCAUUUACCAUUGGAUUGGUACAUCCUUAGUCUUUUUAGGGACUAUUAUCUUUACUGAAGUUGUGCCAAAAAUACAUCAAAGUAUAAGCGGGCCUGAGACGAAAAAGGUGCAAUAAACUUUUUACUGUAGAUAGACCAUAGAAUUAAUAGAAUUUUUUUUUUUUAAAUGAAAUGAUAACAAACUUAGACAAGCAAUAAGUAAUUUUUGACAUUGUGCAAAAAAUGUUAAACAUUUAGUAUUUAUAUUGAGUUAAGCUCUUUUAAUACAACCUUAGAGUAAUCAACUUUAUGAAGAAGCGUUAUCAUUGUCGACCUCUAUGCACGUAUUAUUCAUUUUUAAAACGAAUUAUCUCUUUUGCCACUGCAUAUUCAGUAAACAAUCGAUACUUUUAUUUUAUUUAUUGACUAGCGCACUGCGGGUGCAAUUAUCAACAUAAAAAUAAAAUUUUAAUGAUGUAUUUGUAUAUACUUUUUUUUUAUUUGAAACAAAAGAAGUAGAAAAAAAAAUCAGUAAUAAUUAUUUAUAGAACAGAUUGUAUAUUUACGUCCGUAGGAAAGGAUUAUAACUAUUUUUACCAAACCGUAAUAGAAUAAAUGAAUAAUUGAUUGUAAAUACAUAUAAGUCAAUGUGAGGCAGAUUUAAAAAAAAAAAACAGGUGAUGCUUGUUGAGAGGAUUAUUCAAAUUUUAAUAUUUAAUUCUUAAUUGUAUAUUAUCAAUGCAUAAUAUUGUGAUAGGAUAUCAUUUUAUUAUACUCCUUUGUGGGUGUAUUCAGUGUCUAGUAAAAUUGUGAAGCGACAUGAACGCUAUUUUUAAUUUAAACUAAUAAAACUCAUUUUAAAUAAAUUUUUCUUCGACCAUUGAAA